GUGUCGCAUUGUAGGUGUUCCCUGUUAUGGCUCGCACAAAGCAAACCGCUCGCAAAUCCACUGGUGGCAAAGCGCCCCGAAAGCAGUUGGCUACCAAGGCGGCUCGUAAGAGCGCGCCGGCCACCGGUGGCGUGAAAAAGCCCCAUCGCUACCGGCCUGGCACCGUGGCCCUGCGCGAGAUCCGCCGCUACCAGAAAUCCACUGAGCUGCUGAUCCGUAAGCUGCCUUUCCAGCGCCUGGUGCGCGAAAUUGCGCAGGACUUCAAGACCGACCUGCGUUUCCAGAGCUCGGCGGUGAUGGCGCUGCAGGAGGCCUGCGAAGCCUACCUGGUAGGUCUUUUUGAGGACACCAAUCUGUGCGCCAUCCACGCCAAGCGCGUCACCAUUAUGCCAAAGGACAUCCAGCUUGCCCGCCGCAUCCGCGGAGAGCGGGCGUGAUAAUAGUAGCUUUCUUUCAUUCUUAAACCAAAGGCUCUUUUCAGAGCCACCAC